AUGUUUCUGUGUGUAUUGUACAUUUUGACAGGCGCUUACACAGCAAGUCCAGGUAUCGACGUAGUCAGAAAACAAGUCGCUAAGUACAUCGAAAAAAGAGACGCAAAAUACUCUGACUAUGAGAACGUUUUCCUGUCAAACGGAGCCACUGAUGGUGUUAGAGCAGUUAUGACUCUCGUAAACCACUCAACGACUGGUAAACCGCCUGGAGUGAUGAUCCCUAUUCCACAAUAUCCACUGUUUUCAGCUCUGGUUCAGGAGUACGGCAUGUAUCAGAUAGACUAUUUUCUGGACGAAGAGAAUGAUUGGGCUAUUGAUGUCAAGGAGUUAAGGAGGGCAAUUAGAGAGUCCAGAAAACACUGUGAUCCAAGAAUGCUGGUGGUUAUUAAUCCUGGUAAUCCGAGCGGAUUUGUUCUGUCCAAAAAAGACAUUAAAGACAUUAUCAGAUUUGCGUAUGAGGAGAGUCUCUUCAUUUUAGCUGAUGAGGUUUACCAAUUCAACGUUUACGAAGAUGGCCUUCACUUCUAUUCCUUCAAGAAAAUCCUUACAGAAAUGGGUCCACCUUACAACGAACUAGAGCUAGCUUCCUUCAUGUCUGCUUCAAAGGGCUUUAUGGGAGAAUGUGGAUCUCGUGGUGGAUUUUGUGAAAUCAUCAACUUAGACCCAGGGGUGAAGAAAAUGUUUUGGAAAUACAUCUCAUCUCAUCUGUGUUCCAGUACUAUAGGGCAGGCGAUGAUCUAUUGCAUUACAAACCCACCUCAUCCCAACGAGCCUUCUUAUGAUAAAUUUAUGAAGGAAAAAACUGCCAUACUCCAAUCGUUAAAGGAAAGGGCCAAUUUUGUAACAAAAACAUUCAACUCCAUAAAAGGCUUGGAAUGUAAGAAAGUAGUUGGAGCAAUGUAUGCUUUUCCCAGAAUCUUCAUUCCACAAAAAGUGAUCGAGAAAGCAAAAGGAAUGGGUAUCGAACCAGAUGAGCUCUAUGGGUUGGAGCUGCUGGAGACUGUUGGUGUUUGUAUAAUACCAGGAAAUCAGUUUGGUCAGCGACCAGGUACUUAUCAUUUCAGGAUGACAUUUCUACCACAAAUUGACGACGUAAAAAUCAUUCUGCAGCGAAUCAACAAGUUUCAGAAGAUAUUCAUGGAGAAAUAUCAAUGAGAAAAACAAACAUAAGGCUUUAUAAUUAUGAGAGU